AUGAUCUUGAAAAAAUUUAAUUAUUAAAAUCAUCUGACAAUCAUUUAGGAAAAAGAGUUGGUUUAGAGCCAAAUUCCUUAAAUUCCUAACUAUUAAACUAGAAAUCCUCAAGUGGAAUUAUUUUUCACUAGUAGAAUAUAUCAGGAUGAAAAUGAGUUAUUACCAUUCCAUUUAUUUGGUUAAGACAAUACUUUUAAUCAUGAAACUAGAUAUCCGCUUUCUUUCACUACUAGAAUAUAGCAGAAUAAUAAUUAGGAAAGAUAAUCGUAACAUCAUCUAUUUACUCUUAGACAUUAAAAUAAUUGGUCAUAAUUUGCCACUUAAUUUAAAUAUUAAGUGGCAUAAAUGCAAAGGAUUAUACAAAUUAUUCAAGACUUAAUAGAUAAUUUUCCUAAAAUUCUAUUUGAAGCCUUUAUGAACACUAAAAUUUAAAUUAAGGACCCUAAAAUUUAGAAGGCUGAUAUUCAAAGCUUUGAAAAUCAGAAGGCUGAAUAUCAAAGCUUUGAAAAUCAGAAGGCUGAAUAUCAAAGCUUUGAAAAUCAGAAGGCUGUAUAUCAAAGCUUUGAAAAUCGAAGCCCUAAAAUUAAGAAAGAUAUAAGUCUAAUCAAUUAUGAUCUUAUCAAAUAGAUUCUAAUUCUAAGAAAGAGAAAAACAUUUACAUGGAAAUAGUGA